UCAGAUAUAAUAAAUUGUUUGUCGAGCGGAUCGUGGUCUGAUCGAAGGGACGGACUCAUCGCAUUACAACAUCUCAUCAACAACAACAGGAGUUUGAGUCGUCUGGAAGUAAAGAGAGUGACAGACAUCUUCUCUAGAAUGUUCCACGAUCCACACGGAAAGGUCUUCAGCGUCUUUCUUGACAGUCUCAUCCUCUUCAUCAACACCUACUACUCACAACUUUCCGACUGGCUCUACGUCCUCCUAACCAGGCUGCUCUCCAAAUCUGGGUCAGAUCUUCUCGGGUCAACGCAGGUCAAAGUUCAGAAAGCGCUCGAUGCCGUGAGAACUACAUUCUCUACUAGUCAGCAGUUCACGCUUCUUUGUAAAUUUCUCAUCGAUCAAACUCAGUCGCCCAACAUCAAGGUCAAAGUUUCGAUGUUGUUAUACUUGCAUAACCUGACCCAAUUAAUGGAUGCACCUGAUUUUUGCAACACGAGUGAUGUUAGGCUAGCAAUAUCGAGGAUCAUCACGUGGACUACUGAGCCGAAGAGUGUUGACGUCAGGAAGGCAUCUCAAGCAGUUCUGCUCUCCCUGCACUCUCUCAACCCCAUGGAGUUCCAAGUCAUCAUGUCUGUCCUUCCUAAGACUUUCCAGGAAGGAGCUGAAAGAAUUCUACAGAGUCGUCACCAUCAUCAUCAUCCACACUCCGGACAUUCGAGCGAGUCCCAGUCAUUGAAGGAUCCACUGAGUCCGGUGUCUGGCGGAAGUGGUGGUGGUGCAGCAACAAACGCCGCCUCAUCUUCCACGACAUCAUCGUCAACCUUAACGACAACCACGGCGACAGCGAUGAACGCAGACGACGUCUACAAUUCCAUCCGUCAGACCUCGCAGGACAUCCACUCAUUCGUCCACCACCCUCACUCCUCUCACCACCAGCAUCAUCAUCUCCCCGUAAAGUCCAUCAGCCUAGCGAGCACUCGCACCCUGCCCACCACUCUCUCCAUCGAAAGCCGAAUUCCUUCAUUCCUCCAGAACCUUCCAGAUGUUGACAUCGUGGCGAAGCUGGCGACGGGCGGUGGAAGGGACGGACGUGAAUGCAAUGGAGCCAUACAGAGCUGGGUUUACCAGACAACCAUGAUGUCAGUUGCUUCCAUCCUCCAGACGCUUUCACACCACAACGAACAAAACGAGCAGAGGAAGUCAUGUUUGCUGCAGUUGAUGAAGAAGUGUCGCGAGGAGACGUCGGAAACUUGGGAUGAAUAUUUCGAUACCACGCUACUCGUCCUGCUGGAAACGCUCACUGACGUUGACGGCAGCAUAAGGGCCCUCUCUUUAAGGGUUCUAUCUGAAUUUCUGAGGUGUCAUGCUCCGAGGUUUCAGGAGUACGUGGAACUGACUGUGGUGAGAUCCCUCGAGGCUCAUAAGGACCCUGUCAAGGAGGUGACAAGAGCAGCGGAGGAGUGCAGCAGUUUGUUAUCGCGGAUCAUCCCUCCGGCACGCACGCACACCAUCCUCUCACCGCUCAUCGAGUCAGACGACUAUCCCAUCAACUUGGCGGCUAUCAAGAUGGUCAAUCAGAUCGUCGAAGAAGCCGAUAUGUCCAUUGUCGUCGAUAUGCUGCCCUAUCUUACUCCAAGUCUCUUGAAGGCCUAUGAAAACCAGCAAAGCAGUGUACGCAAAUCGAGUGUUGUAUGUCUGGUGUCAAUUUAUAUGAGUGUCGGUGAGCAGUUGAGACCCUACCUGCAAGAUCUCCAUGGCAGCAAGGUAAAGUUGUUGAACGUGUACAUCAAGCGAGCCCUGGAUCAACAGGGAGCGAGUAGUUGCACCACGUCGAAAACGUCAUCACCCACUUCCGUCGUUGAAGCAUGA